AGGAAGAAAACCGCAUUCGGUCGGCCGAUUUUCGAACUUUGUUACUCGAGAUUUGCAGCUUGGGCACCCACGAUUGCGUGUGUGUGCCGAGCAUUUGAGGUCGCGGGAACUAUGGUGCGAGCCUGACGUGGCAACACUGGCAAGCAAGGGAACUGCAAGGCGGGAAAUGAGAAAUUUAAUCACUAUAAGAGAGGACUACGUGGACGGCUAUCAGGACCUGGAGUCGAUCCGCGAUUCGCUGUCCAAGGAGUUGUUUGGAUUGGCGACUCGUUUCAGAGGAAGCGAAUUUGACUGGUCAUUCGUUUCCAGCAAAAAGUUGGCGGGGAGCUGGUCAGGUUUGAGUUUUGCGCCAUCGUUUACAGCUGGCGGGAAGCUACCUUGUGCCGACCCGACGACCACUGGCGUGUGGUGGCGGGAUGACACCAGAUGGAGCACUUACAACGACGCCAUGUCCGCUACCAUAAAAAAUGCGAAGCAACAGCGUGCACAUGGCGGCCCGACGGGAUCGAUAAAUUUGGGACUCAUUAGUAGCCCAGUGCAUCCCCUUGGAGCGCAGUAUUCGCUUAAUCUUAACACCAUGGAGCAGAUCAACAUCAAUACUGGAAUGAGGCGUCCGGUUCGGAUUAUUGACAGCGGCGUGCCUUUGCCAGGGAAUGACGGGCAGGUUUUAUAUGAGACUUUUGAGCAUCUUCGGUCAGAAACAGUAAUUUCCGAAGCAAUCCGGAACAAGGCGCAGCAAAGUGUUGUCUUCACAACAAGGAGCAACCCGUAUUUGAAAARCGGGAGCGAUUUGUAUGAGAGGUUCAUUACAGCCGCAGAAAGCGUCAAGCUUCUCGAGACGAAACAAGGUUUGGCCACCGAGGACUUGACUCAAUCCUUUGCAAAUGUACUUGCUGAUGUUAAUGCGGCAUGGCCAGCAGUUGAGUKKGUAUUUCAUGGGACCAGUGUUGCGAACGUGGAAUCCAUACUCCAGAAGGGAAUGGACCCUAACCGUCGACAAAAUGGCGGAGACUUCUUUGGGAGGACUGUGUUAGACAGCCUAAGCUACUGCAAGCCAGCCACUCACCCUCUCAAAAUGCUGGCAUUCUUUGUCUUGAAAGCCACUUCAUCGUGCCACUCAAGUUCAAUGCAUGCACUCGUCUUUCAGAGUGUACAAUUUGAGCUCCCAGUUGCAGAAUUGAUCCUCUCCUCCUCUUAGAAUCACUGGCUUUGGCCAGACAAGUACCUCGAUAGCGAUCGGUGUCGAGGGCUCAAGUACCGGAAAAGUCUCCCAAAGGUCAGCUAGUGAUCCCAAAGGUCAGCUAGUGCGGCCAAUGGCUACAAAUAAUCCUGAUUCCUGAUUGUGUUUGGCGCGAUAAGGUUUGGUUUGUGAAUACGAAAAGAGGUGGAUGGACAUAAUGCCAAAGAGGCAUGGAGGUCAACUGAAAUGCAGCACAUGAAGAUGCAAACCCCAAGGGAAAAAAGAGAACGGAAGAGGAAAAAAAGAAAAAAAAGAGUACUACGAGGAUCACCAUUAAGGUUUGUGUUGUAUUGCGGUGAAAUCCACACGCCAAGGACAUAAGGCGACGAAAAUACUUGUGAAGUUGUGAGCACUGGGCACUGAGCUAAGCCUUUUGCAUAGGAUGAGAUAGGCUGGAAACAGCAAAGGAGAAUUGUAACCAAUAAAGGUAAUAUGACUUCCUCCUCUCAAAUCCAGUUUGUAUGUUGUUAGUUUUGAUGCUGACACAAUUCCCAAUUAUAUGUUUAACCAAGGGUUAAAGAUCGUGAUAGUCGGCAGUACUUGGUACAGCGCCAAAGGAUGUCACUCUACAUGAAUACGACACGUAUGUCGCUUUCUUUUCAAAUACAACACGUGUUCAAUUCGCACAGACAGCCUGAGAAUAAUAGAAUCCAACGAGUCACAAAGGUUUCUCAAAAACUGGAAUACAACAGAUAUUUGUAUCUUUGGGGGCAAGACGGUUGUGGUGUGGUAAGCUUGUGAGUGUCAAUCUUCACCCGUGGCUGAGGCUUCAAAAAUCUUCAACUUUUAGUUGGGGGGGGGGGAGAGGAAUAAGGCCUCAAUUUGGAAUCUAGUAUGAUGGCGGUAACGACCGCCGACUGGACUAGCAGGUCGGUAUGUAUUGGGUUGUUGCGAGGGUCAGCACCGGCAUGCAAGUCCUCAACGUGCGAAGSAAAWGYGGCGACAUUUCGCUGUCAGCAGCCUGUGUCAGCCUGUCAGGUGAUCACGGGCAAUGAAUGGACCCUGGAGACUGGGUUCCCAAGGUUCCAGACGUGCUAUGAGGCCACAUCACCGGGAGAUACUAGGAGAAGCAGGCAGAACAGAGGUGGAAGAAACUUAGUGGCUGAUUGAACCUAGUAUGCUGAGGGGACAGCGUAUGGGAGAUGGAGAGGUGGAACGGAUGCGUUGAAUCAGUGGUUCCUGAGCAAGGCGCGAUUGAGAGAAUUUGAGAUGGCCUCAGUGACGAAGCUGCGUACUACCUGCGUACGGUUGUACCGUAUGACGUCCUCACCCGAAUAGAACGCCUUCAACGCCCCAUCAUUAUCGCUGGCGAUUCGCCGCAUCUGGACUGGAAGUUGCCGAAAGACAGACCAUUGCAGCUAUAAUGACCGGGCAUUCUGUUUGCUGGGUGAAGUCAGCAAAGUGACUGGAAAUGGAGCCUCUCUGGAGUCUCUGCAUGCAUUCUUUUCUUUUUUGUUUUUUCUUAAAAAUUUCAUCCGACCGUUUAUAGUCUGGGACUCUGGGUGCRUGCAUUCUUGUAAUGCAUGGACUAGAGAGUCGGAGUCUGUGGCCAGACUGCUAUGGUUUUGGUUGUAGUGCAGAUGCACAUGGACCUCGUUGGUCAAGUGAUCGGAUUUGGGUCUGAAAACUAUUUUCAUCUGCGAAAAUGAUUUUAGGCUCACUUUCACAUAGUGCUGGGCGGCCUGGGCCUGCUGGGCAUGUGAUGCUUCGGCUUUAUUUGGCUAUGUCAUUGCGAACGCCAUCUAUGCAAUAUGAACUUAGUCUAGAGUGGAAACUGUGGCAUUAAUCGGGAGGCUCGUGGAGAGGAUGAUCUCCCAGGAGGAGGGGCAAACCAGGGAGGCAAUCCAACUGGUUUCACACCUGUAAUCUUUCUAACAGCAUAGUGGUAGCAUAUAUUUCUGUGUUUAGCAGUCUCUGACUCUCUGUGACAAAAUGGUGAGUCUUUUCUCUCUUCUCUCUCGUCUACCCGGUCUUUGUUUUCGUAGACAGGGUGCAGUCUGCGAGUUGGCAUGAUGUGGUCGGUCAUUGAUGAGAGCUGAGAUCAGACCAACCAAGGGCAAUAAGUGUCAAUAACUAAACGUCAUGUAAACCGGCAAGUAACAAUUGAAAUCGUUCAACGCUCGCUUUGAAACUUCUGASGUUUAGACUCUAGAGUAUGGGCGCAGUCCUUUUAUCCCAUUUCACAAUUCAGUUGAUACUGGUUGAUAGCCUUCAAYGCGAAGCAGGGCACCUUUCCAAUGUGUGGUUGUGGGCUCAGGAUCAUCUCAGUGAGAGAUGUUUUCCUCCAGGAGAUCUACUGUACAAAGUGUACGAUACUUCUUAGCAAAGACGCGAGCCUUACACGAUGUUCAAUUAGAUUGAGGGUAUCACUGUUUGCAUGACAGUUAUGGUUUUUAUAUGCCCGGCAAGGCCCGCAUAGUUUUGUGGCUGCCGCUGCUGACCCGAAACGAGCGUUCGGAACUGGCCUGCUGCACCGGGGUGCAGUAGAAGCAAGUAGUAGGGUAGAUUGACGCUCGACGCUCGUCACUUGUUGGAGCCUGUAGGAGACUUUACUUUGGGUGGACCCUGGUGUAUCAUAUCCUUUUUUCAAGUUUUUUGCAUGGUUCUCUGUUCCAUCAUGCAAGUUCUCUCCUGAGCUGUGUGUAGUGACGAGUUGACUGACAGUCUGUGGGAGAGGAAAUGCAUAUGCUCCAUUGUCAAAUCUGCAAUAUAAAGAUCCAGCUUUCAAUUGUUGUUUAGUGUGAUAUCUGUCGUCAGUUCCCUCUGCGAUCUCGUCUUGAAUGGAGUCUGGGAUGGGGGACGGGGGAGGGGGGACAGGUGGAUGGGACACUCUUAUGAAUGA